AUGGCUUCAACAAAUAACCUAUUAUGUGCCUUUAAAAGUGAGAAUACUUCUAAGACUUGCAACCAAGGUUUCUUAUCAGUGAGUAAACUAAUCGAGCACAUUGCACGAACACAUAUGAAUUUCUCGGUUUUUAUAUGUUGUGGAUGUAAUUCGACAUUUAUUACUGCGUUACAAGUAAUGUCGCAUGUUACGAAUUGCAGUCAUCCUAAUAAAGCCGUGAAAGUCAAUAAAGAUGCAUUUAUUUCUAUAGAACUACUGGAAGAAAUUGAGGAUUUGGUUAUGAGGUCAAUUGGUGCUGCUAUUGGACGAGCAUUCGAAAAGGGAGUGGAAUAUAUGAGGUCAGUAUCAGUAAAUAGGUCAAAAUACCAGAGCGGUUGUCGAGAAUAUUGUGAUGAAAGAACAUAUCAAAAUGUACAGUCAGUUCCUGAUCAGAUUCAUUUGCCAUCAGCUAACACAGAAAAAGAACAGUCAGAUCGAGAACGAAAACUAUCGAAUUCUUCCCAAAGCUCGGAUAUUGGUACGAAAAGUAUUGGUAAAGAAUUAGCAGAAAGAAUGAGGAAAAAACUUAUUGCCGAUGCGCAAAGAAAAAAAAGGCUAGAACAGUAUUCGGAAAAAUUAAAAGUUGAACCAACAGCAGUUGAAGAAAAAAAUCGAAAAUCCGCAGUUAAAAUAACAUCACAAUCUCGUCAAGACAUGCUUGUCGAGGAGCCAAAGGUACAGCAGACGGUUUCACGAAAACUUCCUCCAACAGUCAGAUAUACCAAGCUGCAACUUACGCCAACAGAGCAGCAAACGCGAAAAACUUUCAUUACAAGUCUUCCCAAAGGACCAUCUGAUUGCGAAAACACUUCAAAGCAAUCCCACGAACAUAAUUUUAUGAAUAGUGAUAACAAUUUGCCGCCCAAAAGUUCCACUGGCAUGAUACGCGGAAUUUUGAAACGUCGAUUGGAACCUAAAGAAGAAGAAGUUGAACUCGCAAAAAACUUCAUAGUUUCUCAACAACCGACUCCAGAAAAUAAGCCAUCAAAUGGAGUUUCCUUUUCGAACAGUAUUUCGAAUUUUACACUGAAUAUGAAUGAUUUGAAACAGGAGGAAAAGUCGAGCGAUUCGACUGUUGCCAAUAAUACUGAUGAGGUGGAUUGUCUAGCACUUUGGAAAAUUCUUUAUUUUUGA